ACACCACAGGAAACGGAUGUGUGUAAAUUGAGCGUAACAGUCGAAGUUUGUAAUAGCUAAAUUUUUGAGUUAGCUUUUGUUUUGUACAUGCUUUUUGACGGAUGGCGACGUCUGUUUAGUUACAUAUCGAUUGGAUUAAUAUAUAUAUAUUAGAAUGACCAAAGAAAAGCGACACAGAAGAAGGGAAUCUCCGGAGCGGGAGCCUAAAGUUAAGAUAAAGCAGGAGCAAGUGAGCCCUGUUAGGCCACAGAGAUCACGCCGCUCCAGAUCGAGAUCCAGCGGCACCUCAAGUCCACAGAGGAGAAGAACCAGCAGAUCACCCGCCAGGACAAGAGACCGUUCACCAGGUAGAAGAGAGCCAUCUCCCGUCAGACGAGGUAGCAAAUCUCCCGUCAGACGAGGCAGCAAAUCUCCCGUCAGACGAGGCAGCAGAUCACCCAGAAACAGUGGCACUCCUCCCCAACGUAGUGCUGAUGUCAACAUAAAGCGGGAGCGGGAAGAGCAACGGGCUAGUGGUGAUGAGCGGAGGAGAAGAAACGAGCAGCCAGAAGAGAGGCGGAGCAGGUGGGAAUCAGACAGACCAGACAGACCGCGGGAGAGAGACCGCGGCAGAGACCGACACCGAGAGCGAGACGCACUUGCCUCCCAACAAGAUGAGAGGCAGCAGCACGACGAGCGGCGCAGAGAAAACCGCCAGCGGCGCGAAGAAAACCAAGAACAGGAUUUUGGACCGUCUGAAGGAGGGAUCGACGACCCAAAUGACCCACCCGCUGACAAAGAGAAGCCCAACUUUGCACUGUCGGGGGCUCUCACAGAAGAUACAAACACAUUCCGGGGGGUUGUGAUCAAGUACAAUGAGCCACCCGAGGCUCGCAUACCCAAGCGGAGAUGGCGUCUGUACCCUUUCAAGAAUGAUGAACCCCUUCCAGUCAUGUACAUUCACAGACAGAGUGCCUAUUUGUUGGGGCGGCAGAGAAAAAUUGCUGAUAUCCCCAUUGACCACCCAUCCUGCUCCAAGCAACAUGCAGUGUUUCAGUACAGACUGAUGGCGUUUACACGCGCAGACGGCACCGGUGGCCGCCGGGUAAGGCCUUACAUCAUCGACCUGGGUUCCGGCAACGGCACCUACCUGAACAACCAGCGCAUCGAAGCUCAGCGCUAUUACGAGCUCAAAGAAAAAGACGUUAUCAAGUUUGGCUUCAGCAGCCGCGAGUACGUCCUCCUGCACGAGUUCUCAGACACAAGCGAGGUGGACGUCAAGGGGGAGGAGGAGGAGGAGGACGAUGAGGGCCUUGAUGCGUAAAUUGUUCCCAUCAAUAGUAUUGUCCGGGUUUAUUAAGGUUGAUAAACAUCACCAUCAAUGUUCAAUAAAUGGCCGUUUCUGCAGGGAAGGGAGCGAUUAAUGGAUGUGGUAAAUGUGGGACUUUAUUACAAUAAUGGAACAACGCUGGUUUGUAUAUUCUGUAAUUACCGAACUGUUGCUUAAACCUGCCACAACUGUCUCAAAGAAGACUUCCUAUUCUCAGGUUGUUUGUGUAAUGUCUGUGUGACGCAUGACUGAUCUCACAUCUGACAGUGCUCUCUAUACAAAGUGCUCGGUGCCAGAUAAAGAUUCUUGCUAAAUACAAUAGUUAAUUAUAUAUUUUUGGAUCACAGCACUCAGUACAAAGUUUAGCAGAAGACUAAUCUCUCGUCUAUGUUCAGGCUGUAUAUGUCGAUGUACGAUACGUGGAAUGUGAACUCUAGAUUCAUGUUAAAUAAGCGUUGCUUAUUGUCAGAGUAAAAAACAUUACAGACAUACAACUUGUAAUGGUAUUGCCUUUUCUUUUCUUUUUUUGCUUUGUAGCGCAGGGGAAAACUAGUGGAUGCGUUUAUGUUUCCUUGCUCCAAUGCUGUGUAUUUACAUACUUCCCAUUUUUAUUUUUUGUCUAUUCUGAAGCCGACAGCAUUCAUAGUAAAUUUCCAUCUAUGUACUUUAAAUAAAGACCGUCAAAAUUUG